CAUACAAUGACAAUUCAUUUAUCCAACUCUUCUGAUCCUAAUGCAAAAGCAGCAUUGACUAGAUUGAAUCAACUUAAACAACAACUUAAUUUGACACCUUCCAAUGCUUCCAAGCAAACCGUACUCGACAUGACAAGGGAAAGAAACGCUGCUGAAUUCAACAUUGAAGCUUUAGCAAAGUUGUGGGCAGGUAGUGAGAAAGCUUACAGAGACAGACAAAACGCGUACAAUUUUAUCAAGAAUGAUCCUGAAUUAGUAGUACAACCUCCUAGAAAUUUUUUAGAAUUGGAUCGUGCAGAGUUUCGAGAAUUUACCAUGGGUCAAAUUUAUCGCCUGGCUCAACUUGCGAAAGAAAUUAACUCUGAACAAAUGUAUGAAAUUGGUCGUGCUGUGGGUAUCUAUUCAGAAAGUUUUUCUAUGCGCUUUGGUGUUCAUGGUUUGUUAUUCAAGAAUGUUAUCAAUAUGCUAUCCAAUGAUGAACAGAGAAAUUAUUGGAUGCCUUUGGUGAAUGAAAUGAAGAUCAUUGGUUGUUUUGCUAUGACAGAACUUGGACAUAGCUCGGCGUUACGUGGACUUGAAACGACGGCAACUUUUGAUGUAAAUACGGAUGAAUUCAUUAUCAAUUCACCUACUAUUACAUCUACAAAAUACUGGAUAGGCAUGGCAGGUCAAUCUGCCACUCAUACUGUGGUUAUUGCUCAAACAAUCGUUCAUGGGGAAAACAAAGGUCUCAAUUGGUUUGUGGUCCAGCUUCGUAAUGUCAACACUGGUGAAUUGAUGCCAAAUGUGAUAGCUGGCGAUAUUGGUUCCAAAGUAGGUCAUCAAGGUUUAGAUAAUGGAUUUAUUCAAUUCAAACAACUUCGGAUUCCAAGAUCUCAUCUAUUGGCAAAAUGGGUUCGUCUCGAUCGUGAUGGUACUUUUCAUCAAGCUCCAAAUCCUGCCAUGAUGUAUGCAACUCUAAUUCCUGAAAGAUUAUCAUUAGUAGGAGGGAUGAUAAUUUUGACAACACAAGCUCUUACCAUUGCCUCAAGAUAUGGUGUGACUCGAAGACAAGGACCCAAAAACCAACAAAUCAUGGAUUAUCAAUCUCAUUAUGGUCAUCUCCUUCCUGCUAUUUCCUUUAUGUAUAUGGUACAAACUUCAUUUGAAACUUUGGAUGAACAAUUCUCUGUUCUUACAGGUGGUGGCAGCAUCAAGGAUGAAAUAGUGUACUUGAAUCAUAUGGGUGAAUUACAUGCCAUUUCAGCCAGUAUGAAAGGUUUAGUGGGCUGGUAUUGUUCUGAUAUCUUGGAAACCUGUCGCCGUUGCUGUGGUGGCCAUGCAUAUUCUGCUUACAAUGCCAUUGGACAUAUCAUACAAGAUUAUGGAGUUUUCACAACUGGUGGUGGUGACAAUGUGGUAUUGCUUCAACAAACGGCAAAAAUCUUACGGUAUCGUUUAAUGCAACAAUUGGAAAAUGACAGCUAUCCCGAAUUCAAAUUCAAAAGCUCCUCACAUUACAUAGUACAUGCUAAGCAUUAUAUGGGACAAGACAAAUGGCAUGUGGAAUCUGAUCAUUUGGAUGACUGUCUUAAAGACUUUAGUUUGAUGACAGAUGCUUUGUACAGCGUCACCGUCAAGAAGCUCCAUAGAAUAGAAAAAGCCAUUCAACAAGGUGCCACUGAAAAUGAACUCUUGUUGGAAAAUGUCAAAGUAGCUGAAUUACAUUGUGCUGCCUUUUUAUUGGAAGACAAUGCUAUUCGCUUUGGGCGUACCAAACCUCAUACUUUAGAACCUACUGUGGCCAAGAUUAUGCAUCGAUUGACAGGUUUAUGGGGCUUGUAUGUCUUGCAUACCUACAGUGAUCAAGGUUUCAAGGAAGGAUUUUUUACACCUGAUCAAGUCAAUGCUAUUGAAACACUUUACUUAAAGACCUGCCACGAUCUUCGGUAUCAAAUCAUUGGACUCACAGAUGCUUGGGGUUAUCCUGAUUUUGUUCUCAAGGCUCCUAUUGGGAAAUAUAAUGGCGACAUUUAUGAAGCCUAUUUGGAUACAGUCCUUCAAGCACCCAAUAGCAUUAGUGUCCCUUCAUAUCAUACAAAAUACAUCAAGCCUUUGACAGAAAGAGCGUUCAAGUGACAAGCGUUUCCACUAUUCAAAUUAGUAUUUGUCAUUAGACAUUUAUAUGAUUGCUAUGGAAUAAAAACUCAUCUUUUUGGGUGAACAUAUUUUUAUUUUA